UAGGAUAAUUUUCCCAUGUAUAUUCGGCAUAUUUGGAUACGAUCAUAUAGUAAUCAAAAUCAAACGACCCCUCAACGUCUACUUCCACCACCUUAAAUAACGACGUAGCACCCUCAACUUCCCUCUCGCUAGCUCCUUAAUUGUGCUCGACUCGAUCCAAAUGCACCGACUCACUACACCAGCUGAAUCAUCCAUCCACCCGGCCUCGUAAAUGCCUUCGCUCAUCGACGGCCCGGCCUCGCUGCGGUCGCUGCUCCGGCCGGUCACCGACGAGCGCCGGGCCAAGCACGGCGGCAGCACCGGCGGCGCCGUCGUGGGCCUCUUCAAGAUGUUCAAGCUCGUGCCGAUGCUCACCACCAGCACCGGGUGCAAGAUGGCGGCGCUGCUCGGGCGGCACGGCGGCGGCGGCGCCAGCAGGGCCCUCCUCGCCGACCACGCGCCGGCGGUGACGCUCUUCGGGCACCGCCGCGGCCGGCUGAGCCUGGCCAUCCACGAGGACACGCGGGCGCCGCCGGCGUUCCUCAUCGAGCUGCCCAUGCUGGCGGCCGCGCUGCACCGGGAGAUGGCCACGGGCACCGUGAAGCUGGCGCUGGAGAGCGACACCCGCAGCGCGCGCCGGCGGCUCCUGGAGGAGUACGUGUGGGCCGUCUACUGCAACGGCCGCAAGGCCGGCUACGCCAUCCGCCGCAAGGACCCGUCCGACGACGAGCGGCACGUGCUGCGGCUGCUGCGCGGCGUCUCCAUGGGCGCCGGCGUGCUGCCGCCGCCGCCCGACGACGGCUCCCACGGCCCCGACGGCGAGCUCACCUACAUGCGCGCCCGAGUCGAGCGCGUCGUCGGGUCCAAGGACUCCGAGGCCUUCUACAUGAUCAACCCGGACGACGACAACCGGGGUGGCGAUAGCGCCGCCGAGCUCAGCAUUUUCCUAGUGAGGAAGAAGUAAUUAAAGGAAACAACUACGUAUAGAGAACAUUUAAGUAGCAUACAUACUACUUUGAAUACUGUUUAAGCAUAUGAUAUUUUUGUGUGAAGAGAUAGAUAUUGAAUAUAUUAUGCACUGUCCAUUCAAUUCAAA